UUGGACCCGCGCGGCACAAUUAGUGCCCGGCGUUGCUCUCACUCCGUAGGUGUUUUGCCAAGUGGGUUGUAGUUUAGAAGCAGCGCAGAAGUUUCGAAUGAGACUUGAGUUUUACAACAGUGAGUUUACUAUCGAGCGUCUUUGGCUUACAAAGUAGUUGGCUCCUUCUUGUGUUUUUCAACAUUCUAAUUCUUGUUUUUUGAGAGAAAGAAACAAAACAAUGACUAGUUCCUACUCCACGGCGAACAAGCAGAGUCUAGCUAAUAUUUCGUCUGGGGAGCGCCUGGUCGAUCCGCGACACCCAGAAAAUGGAUCGGAUGCCUUGGACCGGAGUAAACAUCUUCAGAACCCUCAUGUCAUCAAUAGUUCGAAUCCUUACCCUCUUCAUGGUUCAUCGAAACACACCUAUCAUCAACUCACAGGGGGCCAUACGCAACCACCUCAAGCGCCCGGGUUGACCCCCUAUCAUUACAUUCACAACCCCCAACUUGAGUUAGACUUGCAAUCUGCUGCGGGGUUUGACUAUGGCGCCGCCUUCGGGAACCCUUUCGAGUCCCAAUCGGCUAUGCAUUACCUACCAGAUUCGCAGUUUGUCGGCUAUCGUCCUGCUGACGCCUACGCUCUCGGUUUUGAAUCGCAACUUCACAAUUCCUUCGGCCCAAAUGGGAACUCAAAAACUGCGGCUACCCCUCAGUAUAGUUACGGGAGUCAUGCGAGCAGGUAUGGCAACCAGAGUUAUCCACCUAGCCAACAGUAUCCAGACACACAAUUGUUGCAACCGACCUUCGCCCACCCUUCUGAAAACAUGAACCCUUCUCGGACGGUCGCUGACUCAAAAGUCGGCUCUCGGAACCCACAGGAUUGCAACAGUAAUAUUGUUUCCACCAGUCCAUCCAGGGGUCAUGUUAUGACUCAUCAGGAAUACCAGCAGCCAGGAGCGGGCGACCCUGGAUUCAACAUGCAACUGUGUGCCCCACAGAACCCUUUUAUGUUUGCACCUUUUCACCCCACCUCCUACCCUUCUCAGAACGAACGCCUUACGGUUGGACCGACAGAAAUGUCGUCGAAUUCUCAGGCACCGAACGCGACUGGUAGUCUUGGUUCAGCGGUUGCAACGUCGGGAUCUACGAGCAGCAUGCGCCGGAAAAAUGCGUCACGUGAAACGACAGCUGCGCUGAAAACCUGGCUAUUUGAACACAGAAAAAAUCCAUACCCAACGAAAGGGGAGAAAAUCAUGUUAGCCAUCAUCACCAAAAUGAGCCUGACACAGAUUUCCACGUGGUUCGCUAAUGCCAGAAGACGACUCAAGAAAGAGAAUAAAAUGACAUGGACUCCCAAGAAUAAAACAAACAACAACAGUCAGAGUCACAAAGAAAACAAACUUAAUCACACUGCUGCGACAGAUAACAUAGAAGCUACCAAAUUGUCAACGGGCGAAAUAUUGGAGAAUGAAGCAGAUGUCACAUUCGAUUCGCUGGACUCAGAAUUAAAACUGGAAAACUAAGAAUAUAUUUCGACGUGAUUCAAAAAGAAUAACUUAUGUUUUAGAUAAUUUAGAUUGUAAUUUAAUUUAAUGAAUGUACAAUGAUUCCCGGGUGGUUUGAAAAGCAUAUAAUUUAAUUUCA